GAACACUGUGAAGGCCUACAACAAGGAGUUCUGCAGCCUCUACGAGAUCAACGCGCAGGACUCUCGGAACGCAGUGCCUGGAGUACUCUACGGCCGAUAUGCCGCCGACCAGUAUGGGGCCAAGGAUGGAGGAAACCCCUGGCAUUUGAUCACUGCCGCGUUGGCGUCCUUGCUGUACCAGGUGGCCGAAAGGGUCGCGACUGGCACCGUGCUGAGCCGUCAGGAGAUUGCUGCUUGGAAGGCCGCCGUGAACGGCGGAGACAACUUCCUGGGCCAGAGCAAGGACUUCGUGGCAGCAGGCGACUCCGUCCUUGUGCGGCUCCGCCAACACAUUGCGCCGGAGGAUGACAUGCACCUCUUUGAGCAGAUUGACCGAAGUACGGGCCAGCAGUACAAUGCCAAGGACCUGACAUGGAGCUACACCGAGGUCUUCAAUGCUUUGCUUCAGCGCAUGAGGGCCAUAGCGCCUGGUGUCGAAAUCAUCGUGUGAGGUCGUCUGGACGCGCUUCACUCCGGCUAUGAAUUUUGAGUGGGGAACCCCCC